AUGGCCCCAUCCCAGGUUUUCUCUCAGACUCUCCGCUCCAUUACCCGCACCAAGUUCAACCAAUUGGCCAGGCAGAAGGUCGCCUUCGAAUCUGCAAAGACCGCGCUGCUGCGUGAUGCAGACGAUGAGCCCAGCCCUAAACGGGCCAAGAUUUUAGUCGACGGCGCUGCCAAGCUGUCCACCACCUCUUCAUUAUCGCAGCCCACGGUCGAGACUCUCCAGCGAUUCCUCUUUCAGGCAGAAAACGACCCUUCUGUUUCCCAGGAAGCUAUAGAAAGCUACGAGCAUGACUUGCGUAACGAGUUGGACGCCUGCUCGGAAAAGCACCGCUUCGCCGAACUGUACGCCAAGCUGAUCAACGAGUGGAUCUCGAUCAGCGAAUCUGACUCUAGCCAUCUCCAUGUCCCACGCGCCGAAAGCCAGGAGCAGCGCGCUAUUUGGGAACAGUACGUCUUUUGCGCCAAAGAAGUAGAUGGGGAAGCCAUCAAGACUUAUCUCGGCAACCUCUUCCAAUCUGGAGGGUCCAGUCACGUCAAAAAGGCCUACACCGACGUCGUGGCAUCAAUCAAGUCUUUCCAGCUAACCUGGGACCUCGAAACUCAUUUUGACGAGGAUUCCCUGCAGCAUUGUAUCCAGGGACUCCUAAGGACCGAUCUUUUGAAUGACCAGAAGCGCACGACCCUCAACGACUUCCUCAGCAACAAAGUGGUUCUUCGUGAAAUCGCAGACGUCCUCAACAUGCGCAUGCGGACACGGGCCUCAUGGGAAUGGGAUGACGAUUGUACCGUUGAGCCCCGCCGCCAUCUCAACGGCCGCUACCGCUUCUACCCUGACGAGGAUCUUCUUCAGUCCCUGUUCCUCUACUACAUCGGCAGGAGAUGGUGUGUUAUGCUGCGUCAGGCAGCCGAGACCUUCUGCAAGCAACGCCAGGUGAUGAAGCCGGCGUUUCCUGCUCUAAGUAAGGAGGAAGCCCGCCGUCGACAGCACUUCCUUGGGUCGACAGAGGGCAAAGCUGCCAGCUACUCUCUCUCGAACCUACUCGACGAGCAUUUCGACAAUGAGAUCUUUCUAGAUCAGUUGCCCCGCGAAAUUGACGAGCAGCGUGGUGGCUACGGCGACGACAAGGCGAGUGUAGACGAUAACCGCAAAUCUCCCAUCGCAGUGGUUCAGAAACUACUACAAACGCUACAAACCAAUAUCAUCGUACAGAACAAGCUCGGCCGCGAGACUACCGUCAUACGCUCCGACUUCAAGUGGUUUGGCCCAAGCCUCCCUCACGCGUCCAUCUUUGCCGUUCUUGAGUUCCUCGGCGUGCAGCCCGACUGGAUCGACUUCUUCCGCCAGGUCCUCGAAUGCCCACUUCGUUUCGAAGACGACUCCCCUGACACUCCUGCUCGGACACGCAAGAGGGGCAUACCGCUUAGUACACCCCUGGCUGAUUUCUUUGCCGAAUCAGUCCUCUUCUGUCUCGACUUUGAUGUAAACCAGAGGGCUAAUGGUGCUCGUCUCUAUCGCCUUCACGACGACAUGUGGCUCUGGAACUCGGCUGAGACCUGUGCGGCGGCCUGGCGGGUAAUAACCGAGUUUACUGAUCUGUUUGGUCUCGAGCUGAACGACGACAAGACGGGCAGCGCCACCAUACUGCCAGGGAGCGGCGAUGGCCGGAUCGACGAAGCCAUGGGUCUCCCCUCAGGUGAUGUCACCUGGGGCUUCCUGAAGCUUGACACGACCGCCGGGAGGUUCGUCAUCGACCAAGCCAAGAUUGGCGUGCACAUCGACGAACUCCGUCUUCAGCUAGACGCGUGCAGAACCACUCUAGACUGGAUCCGGGCAUGGAACACAUACGGUUGCCGUUUCUUCACGACCAACUUCGGAUCCCUGGCAAGGUGCUAUUCUCGCGCCCACGUUGACGCCAUCAUCAGCACAUUCCGUCAUAUCCAGCAUGUGCUCUUCCCCUCACUUCGUGGGGGCGUUGGCGCCCGGCUGAAGGAAAUGCUCGCCGAGCGGUUCGACAUUACCGACGUGCCUGACGGCUUCCUGUACGCACCCGUCGCUCUGGGCGGCCUGGGUCUCCAGAACCCGUUCUUAAUGCCGUACAUUUACCGCGACGGGAUGCCCGAGGAUGCAGGCGUGCAGAUGGACAUGUUCCUUGAGGCGGAGAAGCUAGACUACGACGCGGCAAAGAGGGCGUUUGAGUCGUCGGACGAGCAGUGUGACGACUUAAGUAACAACGGACAAUUCUAUCCUGACUUCAUGGACUUAGAAGACGACAACACCUUCUUCAGCUUCGAGGAGUACACCCGGCACAGAGAGAGGACAUCGGCAGGGUUACGAACUGCUUUCCACGAUAUCAGCCAGGAACCCCUGCCGAAGCCACUCGAGCCGCCUAAAAUCCUCUCGGGGCUGCUGCCCGAGGAUUGGGACGACAUGGCGCCUUACGACCAGUGGAUUUGCCUGCAGCACUCGAAAGAGAUGGUUGCGCGGUUUGGCGGCUUGGUUAUUCUCGAGAAGGGGAUGCUGCCGACGGGAGUGAUAGAGAUGCUGCAGCAAAGCCGAUUUCAGUGGCAAGGCUGA